AUGCUCGGAUCAGCAAUCGGCUCACACGAUUUUGUCAAAACAUUUACUGCUGAAAAGAUCGAUGUUUUUGUGAAUGAGAUUGAAGAUCUUGCCAAAAUAGCAGAGCAUUACCCACAAUCUGCAUAUGCAGCAUUCUCGCAUUGUAUUGUGGGCAAAUGGAGGUACUUAAUGUGGACAGUCAAGGACAUUGAUAGUCUUUUUGAACCAUUAGAAGACUCAAUCAAUCAAGUUUUUAUACCUGCACUUACCGGAAGAAGCCACUGUAAUGCAGAUGAAAGAUCUUUCAUUUCAUUACCCAUACGUUAUGGGGGUCUAAAUAUCAUUAAUCCUAUUACCAACGCAAGUCAUGAGUAUCAAUCCUCGCAGAAAAUCAGCACGCCGCUCAAAGGUAUGAUAGUCAAGCAGAGAGAGUCGUUUAGUAAACCCCAAUUACAAUCCAUUAAGGCUAGUUUACGUCAGGAAAAGAAAGAGAGAAUGAAAGAUAUGUCUCAACAGGUGAGGGAACAACUGCCUCUGGCGAAGCAGAGAAUGAUGGAUUUACUUUGUGAAAAAGGAUCUUCAUCAUGGCUUUCGGCAUUACCAUUACAAGAUCAGGGAUUCAAUUUGAAUAAAGGUGAAUUUCGUGAUGCGCUAAGUUUAUGAUAUGGUUGGCAGUUGAAAAACACCCCUCAUUAUUGUAGGUGUGGAAAGUCAUUCUUAACAGAUCACACCAUGACAUGUCCUCUCGGUGGACUACCUAUAGCAAGGCAUAAUGAGAUUAGAGAUGUAACAGCUCAGUGGCUAAAUGAGGUGUGCUCUGACGUAGUAAAGGAACCACCACUUCAACAGCUCUCGGGUGAAAUUAUACUACCACAUACAGCCAAUUGUCAGGAUGAUGCAAGACUCGAUAUUAGAGCGAAAGGGUUUUGGAACCGGCAGCAAGAUGUAUUUUUCGACGUAAGGGUUUUUUCCACCCAAAUGCACCUAGCUACCAAAAUACCAGCAUACCCUCACUGUACAGGCAGCAUGAGAUGGUGAAGAAGAGAGAAUACAGAGAACGCUGUCUUCACACCACUUGUAUUCUCGACAACUGGUGGAAUGGGGAAAGAGACCGCUGUUGCAUAUAAACAUCUGGCGGAGUUGCUGGCAGAAAAACGAAAGAGUGAGUAUGGUAUCACUCUGGCCUGGAUGCAAUGCAUAUUAUCGUUUCCCUUAAUUCGAUCAGCUGUUAUGGCGAUAAGAGGCAGCCGAACCUCGGUGCGCUGAGACAUUGACACAACUGACAUUGAACUUUCUUGUAAAGAAAGCGGACUACAAAUUUGACUAGCUGUAAGAAUAGAACACUAUACCCUUUUUAAAAUAACAAUAGACACAUAAAACUAUAGACAAUAUUCAUUUUAAAGAUUUUUAGUGGGACAGAUUGUAUAUUUUUAUGUAUUUAUAUAGAAAUAAUUUUCAAAUAAAGUUAUUAUUUCGCUUCCUGUGUAUUUUAGUCUUUUUGAGAUUUUUAAUGGCACAAAGAUGCUGUUUUAAAAUAAACCGUACUUCUGCAAUCCAGUGUUUUGGAAUGUCUGGAUAUCUAACUGAAUCUGGUUUGUCUUGGUUGGAAAGAAAGCAAAUUCCUGUUUUCCCUUUCACGUUUCGAGUCAUAUUAACUGUUGUGCAAUAUGCAUCAGUAUUUAAACAGAGAAAGCCGCUUAUGAAGGAAACGAAACAUGGUUGUAUGUGUUUUGCGUUAUUGGAUAAACCAUUCCACUUUGAUAUGACAGUCUUUAUUGAUGUUGAGAGAAAUCCGGGUCCUCGAUUCGAAAUUUUGGGAAAGAAACAUGUUAAUUCUCAAGCUUUAGAGUCCCGCUCGACAUGCUUCGACGCUCUGGAUUUGCCAGUGAAAAUUAAGUAUUCAAGAACGGUUUUAUUUGCCUUUGAGAAUUCCAACCAGUGUGUUUGUAUUGAUCGUUGGUUAUUAUCCCGAUUGAAAUGUCUUGGUAUAAGGAGAAGAGUCGCUCAAGAGGGGGAAAGAAGCUUUAUAAGCCAUCAACAUCGUAUAUUCAACUUGUUACUUCCAACUGUAGAUGUUCUGCUCAUUUGUAUUCAAAGCCCAAUGGUGUUAAUUACUGUAACUUAAUUAACCUUCAACCAAAUGCAAAUCGAACUUCUCACAUUGUACCAAAUAAAAAACUCAACUUUAUAUCAGGUGUAAUCAAUGCAAGGUCUGUUUUGCAAUAAGACUCUACUAAUUAAAGACCUUGUUGUAGAGAAAGGAAUUGAUCUUUUGGGCAUUACUGAAACUUGGCUACAUCAGGAAGGUGAUGAUUCAAUUGUUGGUGACCUUUGCCCAACAGGUUACAAGUCCAUUCAUGUACCAAAAAGCAAUGGGAUUGGUGGUGGUGUAGGGCUCUUGUAUAGACAAAGUGUCAGGGCGAGAUUGAGAACUUGUGAACAUUCUUUCUGGUCAUUUGAAUAUUUGGAUGCUAGUUUCAUAAAUGUUGCAAAUGUUAGAGUAAUUGUUAUAUAUCGCCCGCCGGCUGUUGGACUAUCCCCCGAAAUUUUCCUGGAUGAUUUUUCAACUUAUUGGAAGAACUUAUUGUAUGUUCUGAAGAAUUGUUAAUCAUGGGAGACUUUAAUCUCCACAUAGAUGAUAUUUAUUGAGAAUACUCAAGCUGUUCGUUUUAUUGGUCUCUUGGACUCAUUUGGUUUGAAACAACACGUAGUGUCACCUACGCACAUUUUGGAUCUUGUAAUUACAAGAGAUGAUUGUGUGGCUUUGGAAGUGAGCAAUAUUUGUGUUCUGGAGCAGCCUGUCUCUGACCAUAAGCUGAUAUGGUUUAAUCUCAAUCUUGAUAAGCAAUCCAAUCAGCUGAAAAACGUUUGUGAGUAGGCAACUUCAGAACUUUGACUGUGAAUCGUUUAAUAUCAAAAUUACUUCAUCUGGAUUGUUGAAUAUAGAUGACGACACAAGUCUUUCGGUGCUGGUAAAUAACUAUCAUACCGUUCUGUGUGGUAUCGUGGAUGAACUUGCACCAGUAAAAACUCUAUCAAUCAUUGUUCAUCCAAAUGCAUUAUGGUAUAAUGAUGAGAUGACAGAUGCGAAAAAGAAACGACGAAGGCUUGAACGUAAGUGGCGCUCAAAUCGACUCGAUUGCAAUAGAGCAAACUAUCUGGCUCAGUGUGAUGUUGUUAACAAAAUGCUACAUAAGGCGAGAGAAGAAUACUACUCAACCAUCAUACGUGAUAACACACACGAUCAAAGAGUACUUUUUCAAACAGUGGAGAAGUUGUUACAAAAAAGCUUGGAUAGACGUUAUCCUUUGGCAAAUAGUGAUCGCAAGCUCGCUGAUGCAUUUGCUGAUUAUUUUGUCAGUAAGAUUGAUGGUGUUCGACAGGACGUAUUAGCCAGAAAGAACAUGGCUAGGAACUCCCCGGGUAAAAUUGAUGAA